UGAACGAAAGCGACUCAUCCCAGGUGUGCUUCUUGCAGGUUGACCACACACACAACAACAUAACGUUAUGUUAGGUAGGUGACGCGUAAUCUGCGGGACAGGCAGCUCAUGAGACACCGGCCGCUGAGACCGAAGGAAGACGCGACUCUGUAGUCCCUCUGAAGUUAGUCCAUGAAUAAGGUGGAAGAUGUCCGGUGCGGCGCUGCGGUUGAUCCGCUGUCGGAGGCUGAGCACAGCUGGGCCGCCUGGAGUGAGGAAAGUGCUCCAGUGGAAACAUUUAAGAAAGGUGGCUAAAGUGACUGGAGCAGUGGUCUCUGGGGGCUGCCUUUUUAUCACCUACGAAGUGGCGGCCUUGAACAAGGCUGUGACCAUUGACACCAGUGCAAUUCUUCAGGAGAAGUACAAGUCUUACAUCUAUCUGAAGGCCACUCCCUCCGAUGAAAAGGAGAACCUUGCCACAGGUCUUACACACAAAGCAAGGAGGGAACUUCAUAAAGCAGCAAGGCGGUUCAUGGAAGUAUCAUCUAGGGUUUUGCUGCAAUCACUAGACGAGCACUUCAGCCAUGUUGAUGCAGACCCACAUGAAGUGGCCUUAUGGGUCUUGUUGAAGAGGACAAUGUCGGCUGAUAAAGCCAUCAGACUACAAGCCGUUCAGGAGCUGGCAGAACAUCACCACUGGCACGACUACCAAUACCAGACAGCCGCCCAGGUGAUAGACCAGCGAACAGCAGUGGGCCUGGCCCGGAUUCCUCAAGUAGACCUUCGAUUCUUCCUGCGCUCACCUGCACUGCCCGCCCUAGGGGAUUGUUUGUCGGCAGAGGACGGACUUAGGCAGCUGCUGGCCUCUCUGCCUCAGUCUGAGGUGGAUAAAUGUGUUCAGUACUUCACUUCGCUGGCCCUCCGAGAGAGCACCCAGUCCUUGGCAGCUCAACGGGGUGGUCUGUGGUGUUUUGGAGGUAAUGGGCUGCCAUACGCCCAGAGCCUCACCUCUGUUCCCUCUGAGAAGGUGGAAUCCUUCUGUCUACAGGCACUCGUACAGCACUCAAAGGUCCAGAGCCACUGUGACCACAUAGUUGCCAACGGUGGGCUGCAGCUCCUCCAGAGGGUUUAUCUGCUCCGCAGAGACUCUCUAAAGAUCCAGAGGAACAUUGUUCGUAUCAUAGGAAACUUGGCGCUCAAUGAGAGUGUUCACCAGGCCAUAUCCCAGUCUGGCUGGAUCUCGGCCCUCGCUGAGAUGACGCAGUCUCCUCAUGUCAUGCAGGCGUCUCAUGCCGCUCGCGCUCUGGCCAACCUGGAUAGAGAGACAGUAAAAGAGAAGUACCAAGACGGCGUUUAUAUCCUCCACCCACAAACACGUAGCAACCAGCCAAUUAAAGCAGACGUUCUCUUCAUCCAUGGGAUUCUUGGGGCAGCUUUUAAGACUUGGAGGCAGAAGGACCGCGAGUUGUCGGAGGAGGAGAAGGAAGCAGAAAGCAGGGAGGACUACACAGAAUGUUGGCCAAAGUCCUGGUUGGCUGCCGACUGUCCAAAUCUGAGAGUACUAUCAGUGGAGUAUGACAGUCACCUCAGUGACUGGAUGGCCAAGUGUCCUGCAGAGAAUCAGAGGAAGUCCUUGGCUUACAGAAGUCGAGAGCUACUAAAGAAGUUAAAACUUGCAGGAGUUGGAGAGAGGCCCGUGGUCUGGGUAGCUCACAGUAUGGGAGGAUUGCUUGUGAAGAAAAUGCUGCUGGACGCCUCAGAAGACCCAGAAAUGCACGGGCUGUUGAAUAACACGAAGGGCAUUAUGUUCUAUAGUGUCCCUCACCGUGGCACCUUCAUGGCAGAGUACUCUGUCAGUGUCCGAUAUCUUCUCUUUCCCUCUGUAGAAGUCAGAGAACUCUGUAAAGACUCACCGGCACUGCGCGACCUCAAUGAGAACUUCCUGAACAUUGCCAAAGAAAAGGAAUUCCAGGUGCUGAGCUUUGCAGAGACGCUGCCAACAAACAUUGGUCCCAUGAUCAAGAUACUGGUUGUACCAACGCAGUCAGCAAAUCUUGGCAUUGGGGAGCUCAUCGAGGUGGACGUAGAUCAUCUCAACAUCUGCAAGCCAGAGAAGAAGGACUCAUUUCUUUACAAGCGCAGCCUUCAGUUCAUCCUGGAAGCAUUGCAGAGCUACAUCAGUCACUGAUGGAAAUACAUCAACAUAACACACUGACAAAAACCUACUAAUAACUUGAAAUGGGGGGGACCACUGUCACCCAUCUCCCAAAAAACUAUAUGAAAACCUAACUGCCUAUCCUUAAUGUCCACUUGUAUAAAAAAAACAAAUGUGACAUUUGUGAUAUUUUUUUACAAAAAGAUUGCGGUGUCAAUAGUCAUCCUUCUAGGUCCCUCUCAUCUGUGAGUCAGAAUUUUAAAGAACACUCGCAUUUUUUAGUUUUUAUUUUGUAAUGUAUGUAUUUUAUUCUAACGACAGUAUUUCAGUCAUAGUGUGCCAGACUUAUUCCUUCCUGAACUUUACCUCAAAUGGACCUGCAUUAAUAUAAUUUGGGUUGCUUUAUUUUUUGUACAGGACAAACAAAACGAUGGAUUAUAAAUCACAAUGUGUUUGUAGUCCUGAUUGCCCCUGGCAAUGCUUACAAUGAAUAAAUGCGUGAAGUUGGA